ACGGGCCGAGUCAGAGAGAGUCACGCUUCCACCAAGGGUUUCUCCAUCUCUGAGAGCAGGGAGGACAGAACUCGAGCUGGAGGCGUUCUGGGACUGAGAUCAGCUCCUUUUACAGGUGAAAAAUGCGAUCGAGGAACUGCACCAUGCAGGGUCCAGACGACGGACACAUCCAGCCCACUAAGGGUUUCAUCAAGCAGCACGAGGAGAACCCAGCGGCGCUGGCAGCAGGAAAGAAGAGGGUCCCGCGAGAGGAGACGGACACGAGGGCGGAACCUGCAGCCAGACAGAAGACGGCAUCGGACCUGUCCAAGAAGGAGCUGCUGCGCCUGCUGGGAGUGAUGGAGGGAGAGGUUCAGGCCAGAGAGGACGUCAUCAACCUGCUGAAGUCAGAGGGACUCAGGCCCGAGGCGCUGGAGGCCCACUACGGCUCGUCGGUCCCCGUGAAGCCGCUGCAGGCCCUGCAGAGGGACCGGCUGCUCACCCACAGCAGCGGCGGCACCGACGACGUGUACGAGAAACCCAUGGCCGAGCUCCAGCGUCUGGAGGACAAACAGAGGGAGACGUACAGACGGAUGCUGGAGCAGCUGCUGCUGGCGGAGAAAUGCCACCGCCGCACCGUGGUGGAGCUGGACAACGAGAAACGCAAACACGCCGACUUCAUGAACAAGAGCGACGACUUCACCAGCCUCCUGGAGCAGGAGAGGGAGAGGCUCAAAAGACUGUUGGAGCAGGAAAAGGCGUACCAGGCUCGUAAGGACAAGGACCACAACAGGAGGCUGGAGAAGGUCCGAGCGGAGCUGGUCAAGCUGAAGUCCUUCGCCCUGAUGCUGGUGGACGAGCGGCAGCUGCACAUCGAGCAGAUUGACCAGCAGAGCCAAAAGAUCCAGGACCUCACGCAGACGCUGCUGGACAAAGAGCAGCGGCUGGCGGCCGCAAUCAGCGCCGCCAAGGAGGACGCCCAGAAGGUCCUCAGGCUGGAGGUCGAGCUGGAGAACAAGGAAACCAAGUUCGGGCAGGAGCACGAAGAGAUGACGGCCAAGCUGGUCGACCAAGAGUCCCAGAGCCGGCAGCUGAGGCUGAAGCUGGCGGCUCUGGCCCGCAGGAUGGAAGAGCUGGAGGAGAGCAACCAGGUGCUGCAGAAGUCAGAGGAGGACCUGCAGGAGCUCAGGGAGAAGAUAAGCAAAGGGGAAUGUGGGAGUUCGUCCCUCAUGUCCGAGCUGGAGAACCUGCGAAAACGAGUGCUGGAGAUGGAGGGAAAGGACGAGGAAAUAACCAAAACUGAAACUCAGUGCCGGGAGCUGAGGAAGAAGCUCCAGGACGAGGAGAAUCACAGCAAGGAGCUGAGGCUGGAGGUCGACAAACUGCAGAAGAGAAUGGCUGAACUGGAGAAACUGGAGGGAGCGUUUAACAAGAGCAAAGCAGAGUGUUCUCACCUUCACACCAACCUGGAGAAGGAGAAGGGCGUGGUCAAAGGGCUGGCAGGUGAGCUGGAGAAGAUAAAAACACGACUGAAGGACCUGGAGUCAUCAGAGUCAAAGCUGGAAAGAGCAGAAAUGGUCCUGAAGGAUGAUCUCAUGAAGCUCAAGUCCUUUACAGUCAUCCUGGUAGAUGAGAGGAAGAACCUGACAGACAGACUCAAACAGGAAGAACAGAAGAGCGACGACUUGAGUAAGAUGUGCAAAGCAGAGCAGGGAAAAGUGACCGCGGUCACAGAGAAGCUGAUCGAGGAGAGCAAGAAACUCCUCAAGUUCAAAUCAGAGACGGAAAUCAAAGUGACGACUCUCAUCAAAGAGAACGAGCAGCUAAAAGCUAAACUAGCAAGCGAAGAGGAAAAGAGUAGGGAGCUGUUCGAGAAGCUAAGUGUGACGGAGAGCAAGUGGGUCAACAGGGACAACAAGACAAACCUGGAGCAAGAUAACAAGGUGAAAGAGCUCACGGUGGAGAUUGAAAGACUCAAGAGCAGACUCCAACAGCUGGAGGUGGUGGAGGGAGACUUAAUGAAGACAGAGGACGAGUACGAUCUCCUGGAGAAGAAGUUCCGAACAGAGCAGGACAAAGCAAACGCUCUGUCAGAGGUCCUCGAACAGAUGAAAGCGCAGAUCGCCAGGAACAAAGCAAUAGAGAAAGGGGAGGUCAGGAGCCCAGAGGCUGAGCUGAGAACCCGCUGCAAGAUGGAGGAGGCUAAGAGCAGAGAGCUGCAGGCGGACGUCCAGGCCCUGAAGGAGAAGAUCCACGAGCUCAUGAACAAGGAGGACGUGCUCUCGCAGCUGCAGGUGGACUAUUCGGUCCUGAAGCAGAGGUUCGUCGAGGAGGAGGAGAAACGGACGAGCAUGAGCCAAGAGGUGGACGACCUCACCAAGGAGCUGGAGGCCAGCCGGCGCUACAGCCGGGCGCUGAGGCCCGGUCUGAACGGGCGGAGGAUGGUCGACGCCCCGCUCACCUCCACCGCGGUGCAGACGGAGCCGGCAGAGGACCAGACGGCGGCAGGCUUCAUCCGGAAGUCAGUCCUGGAGGAAAAUCACCUGAUGAGCAACCUGAGACAGCGCGACCUCAGGAAGCCCACCGUUCUGGAACGAUACCCUCCCGCAUCCUCAGAUCCCGGAGCAAGAAAGUCCUGGAUCCCCUGGAUGAAGAAGAAGGAGAAGACCGUGGACGUGUCCAUGGUCCAUCCACCUGAAAUGAGCCUGUCCCCGAAGCCGGGCCAGCCACUGCACAUCCGAGUGACCCCGGAUCCCGACAACAGCACCGCCACCCUGGAGAUCAGCAGCCCUCGCGCUGAGGAGUUCUUCUCCAGCACCACCAUCAUCCCCACUCUGGGUCUGCAGAAGCCUCGCAUUACGAUCCUCCCCAAGCCCACGACCGUGUCCUCAAAGACCAAAGUCUGUGACCUGGAUCGAGCAAAAUCACCAGUGACCAUAACCACCAUUUCCAGGAGCAGGAGUCCAGAGGACAGCAGCGCUAGCGGCUGUGGCAGCCUCCAGUCCCCAGUGUCCAUCAUCACUGUCAGCACAACUCCUGUAUCGGAAGUGUGUGCGUCAGCUGAGCCUCACGAAGCCGCCGCCGGCCGCACUGUGAUCAAAGUGAGCCCAGACAAGCAGCCUCUCCGCAAAUACAGCGCCAACAGCAACAUCAUCACCACGGGGGACAACAAGAUCCACAUCCACCUGGGUCCACAGUUCCAAAGGCCGACCGAGGGAUGCGGCGGUGCCGCGCUGGGGCUCAGACCUCUGGGCUCGAGCUCCGAGAGCAGAGAGACGGGAACGGUGCUGCGCUGCCCGCGGCAACCGGCGGCAGCAAAGGCCGCCCCCAAUAAGAUGACAAGCAGCAUCACCAUCACGCCGCUCACCUCCAACACCUCAGCGUCCAGGCCCACGCAGGCAGCGUCCGGUUCGGACGCGCAGUCCGCUCGCGCCGCGGCCACACGGAUCCCGGUGUCAAAGGGUGUGAAAGCGAGCAGCAAGGCGGUUCUGGGCGUGUCCACGGUGGCGAGGUUCGAGUCGCGGGCCGAGAGCCAGUCCAUGAAAAUCGAGCUGAGGAAGUCGACGGUGUGCUCGGCCUCUGCACCAGGAGCCAAGAGCUGAUGAGGCCACGGCGCAACGGCCUCGUGGCGCGGACGCGGCGUCCUCAAGCGGCCGAUUUGGUUUUUUACAGUUUUAUAUUCGCUCAUCUCUGUUUGCAAGUAAAGCUUCACACUGA